UAGUCUCACGCAGAGUCAUUCGCAAGCUUUCCCCGCGUUUGACAGCAUAUCAACACGUGCAUUCCUCCAACGGUAGCGUACGCGCGCCCUCGGUUUCGGGCUUGAGAGGUGUUUUUCAACUGGCAAAUUUCCCGUCGCCAGGUGGUUGAGUGUCAAGGUAAUAUCUCGCCAUGAUCGAUACAACAGCCUUAGAGGCUGUCAUUCAGCAACUUCUUCCCUCAAUCAAAACACAUAGAGCGGAGUCGGCGACCCCUUUCAUUCUUGGCCUUUCGGGCCUGCAGGGGAGUGGAAAGUCAACAUGGGCUGAGGCUCUUACCAACACACUCAACGCCAAGUAUGGCAUCAACACAAGGACGCUAUCAUUAGACGACCUUUACCACGAUCAUGAACAGCUGUUGUCAUUACGAGAUUCUAACCCUGUAAAUGGCUUUCUCCGCACUCGUGGACAACCCGGAACACACGAUGAAGAUCUAGCGCGGCGCUUUUUCGACGAUGUGUCCAAGUCACAGCCAAACCAGACAGAUCUAGAGCCCAUCAAGUGGCCGUCAUUCGACAAAAGUCUGUUCAGCGGUGAGGGUGGCAGAGCCCCAGAAUCGCAGUGGGACAACGUGCCUAGAAACCCACCUCUGGAGGUUCUUAUCUUUGAGGGUUGGUGCCUUGGUUUCCAACCACUGUCACCCAAGGAAGUCGAAGAGAAGUGGAAAAGAGCAAAGGAAUUAUCAACAGCCAACUCGGAGAACAUUCAGCUAUCCACAACGACACUAGCCAGUCAUAGCCUCGAGCACCUUCAGCUCAUCAACAAAAACUUGGAAAGGUACUGCGAGAGCUUCAUGGGCCCCUGGCGCUUCGACGCAUUCCUUCACCUCGGCACAGACCAACUAGUCAAUGUCUACGACUGGCGUCUAGACCAAGAGAGGGCAUUGCGGGAGAAGAAAGGUGCGGGCAUGACGGAUGCGGAGGUUGUUCGUUUUGUUCAAGGGUAUAUGCCCGCGUAUGAGCUGUGUCUAGAGAGGUUGACGAACGAGUCUUUUUUCCCGCAACAGGAUGCUGGGAGGAAGGCUCAUGUUCGCGUUAUCUUAGACUCCAAUCGAAAGGUCCUGGGCGUCUCCAAGGCGUAGAAGGCAGUCACAAGUAACCAAGUGUCCUCUCUGUUGUCUUAUGCGAAUUAGUGGUCUUGAUCUGGCGUCGUAUCAACACAUUUUCAUUCCCAAUCUUGAGCCCAUUUUGCAUCUCGGAACUGGCUACUUGCCC